AUGACGGUUUCGUUAUUGCGAAAUGCUAUCAUUUUGGCGGUCCAUGGGGAUACGACUUCUUUGCAGUCCGGAACGCGAUUAGAACUUAUCUGCGGGGGAGAGGAAAUUCAGUCCGGCAAGAAUUUACCUGGGAUUCCUGGCUACCCUGAAGGGAAUUUUCUGAAGUAUGCAGCCGGACCGAACGUGAGUGAUUUCAAAGUGAUGCUCGACGCACGCUAUCCUGUCACGGAUGACUGCUCCGGGUGGUGUGUCAGUUGUGAUAGACACGACCGUGUCAAAAACUGUCACUGCGCUUUCGCAGAAGUUAGCUGUGAGGUCACGGCUCGUGGGGCCGGCUCACCACAGCGGAUUGAUCUGGUUGGAUAUAAGACGAGUUUGUAUGAUCUGGUUAGUAUCCUGACCCUAUUCAACACCAAGGAUGAAGAUUUCUAUAAGGUAAAGGCCUGCAAGUUCGAAUGCCGCGAAAUGCCCCCGGAUAUUGCCGCAACUUCUAAGGCAGGAGUAGAGAUGCAAUUUUUCGAGACCGAGCCUUCAAAUGACGACUCUCCGUUGAAAGAGACGCUGAGCAGAAGGGAGUUGGCCGCACUCGAGGACGAGGGAUGCUCAGAGUUGCUGCAUGCAAAAGUAUGGGUAAAACUGAACAACAUCGGUCAACAUCUAUGUCCGGGUAGAAAUGGUCUGUUAACUUGUUGGUAUUCAAAGGGAACUAACUUCUGCCUGGAUGGUGUCAAAAUCAUAAAGUGCCCAGAUUGGGAACGAACUUGCCAUCGUUUUGGUCCUCAAUCUGCGGAUGUCUACGCGGUCCAGGAUGCGGCUAUGCGUUAUUUGCUUGAUGCUUCGGACUGUAGGGUGACCUGCGGCUCGGUAGAAAGCACCUCUAAUCGUUUGUGGGAGGAAGCCCGUACCUAUUUGCGCCACGCACCUGGUUACGAGAGACUGUGGCCGUCAUAUAAUGAAUUAUCCGAAUUGCCAAACUUCCGAGAUGCUAUCACCGUUCAACAUCCCACCCAGAAACGGGACGUGCUAGAUUGUGAUCCUGAUAACUGCACCGUUACUAGCGACCGGGUCUGUCGUAUAGCGCGUGUCAGCUGCGAAAUCGAACAGAGCGGGAGUCAAGAGAGCCGGUCGGCGGAAUCCAUCAAGUUCAACACGCGCCUACAGGACGCAUUUAGAACGCUAUCUAUCCCCAAUGCUAAUGCGAAAGAUAAUGGAAACCUCAAGAACAAACAAUGUGCCUUCGAGUGCUACGGCGAACUGUGGCCAGAGCCCGACAAGUGGCCUCUUGAAUAG